CUUUGUCAGACGCAGCAGCCCAGAUUCUACAUAGUGUCAUUGUGAUGUCAGCGUUCUUGUUCGAGCUGUGUCGGGCGGCAGUAGACUGUCUCUGAAUUCGUCUGCCAUCAUGAAACUCAAAAAAGGAUCUAUCCUGAGUUUUUUAGACUUCGACAAUGUAUAUUGUCUGCUCUCUGUCCGCAAUGCCAAAAUAUUGGUCGACUACUUUAAACUGCUGGAUUUCCACAACAAAAACACGUUGAACGACAUCCAGUUUUACCACUUCAUGCACCAUGUGACCGACUUGAAGAAGAAGGAUAUCAUGCACACUUUCGACAUGCUGGACUGGGAUGCCAGCGGGGAGAUCGGCUUUGAGCAGUUUUACAUGCUUGUUUGCAUUCUUCUCUCCAGUGAGUUCCACGUGGAGAAGAACUUCCUCUUCCGUUACUCGCGGCCUGUGUUUGAAUUUCUGGACAUGGAUGGAAGCCGGUGCAUCAGUCCUGCUGAGUUCCAAUCCUCCGGCUUCCUCUUCAACCUCAAGGGACCCGCCCUCAGCAGGAUCUUCCAUGACUUUGACGUGUCUGGAGACGAGAAACUGAACUAUAAGGAGUUCAAGAUGUUCACCAUGGCCUGCCUCGACAUGCAGAAAGAUGCCAAGAACCAGAGGAGCAAGUGGCAGAUCAAGAGGGUCAACAACCCCCGCACUGCUGAGAUCCAGGCCACAGCGCCCAUCUCACACACACACCUCCGGAACAGACCGCAUAGCGAGGAGACAGUAGGCUCCUUGGCCUCCCAAGCUGGGCACAGCCACACUGACUGAGAGGGAGAUCCAAAGAGAGGGAGGGAGACUACGCAGAUAGUUUGAAUGCCCAUAAGUAAAUAUGCUUGU